AUGUCUCUCCACGCAGUAGCUCUGGCCAGCUGCAGCGGGACCCGAAUCUUCAAGCACCCCCACGCUACAGAGUUAAACCAUGAAAGCCUAAAGGUGACUUUCACCGAGUCAGCAUAUUCUUCAAAUCCCUCAGCGAGGAUUAGCUGCCUUGCUCCAACACCUCAAAUCUCCGUUCUAUCAGAUGAAUACUCGAGGCCAGCAGUGAUUGGACAUGCCAGAAGUUUUGGAUCGUACCCAGGCAGUGCUGAAGCUAUCAAAGACAUUCUUGUGUCUGUUUUGAAUGCAUCUGAUUUGAAGCCCUCUUUGGUGGUGGAGCAGAACACAAUGCGGGGAGCUGAGCAUCUGGACAGUGACAUGGAGCGGUGGGAGGAAAGCAGUGAUGUGGACAGCCAUGACGAGAGCGACAGUGAUUCUGCCCAUCACAAUGCUGCCUGUACACAAACAGACAUUCGGUUUACAAGGCACCGGGCAUGCUGGGACAACUCAUGCUGUGACUCCUCUAAGCCUCUGCUGGAUAGUUGCUUUUGUCCCCAUUACUCUGAUGGGGAUCCUGCUGCUUCCUCCUUGAGUGGUUUCACUCUUUCGGACGUGUCCCCUCUGAGGCGGGACUGCUUUACCCAGGUGACCUUAACAGGAGGCACUGUCACAUCAGCUGUUGUGCUUUCUGGAAAAGGAUGUUAUACCUCCUCUGAACAAGACUUGACUCUCACAAGGUUCUCUUCUGAUUCAACUGCUGGCAGGCCAGCAGAUCUGUUGAAAUAUCCUGAUGCUUUGGAGCCUAUGCCUGUCAGCAACAGUGACAGCAAUUCUCCCAGUGGACUUUCCCAGUCAGAGCCAGUCAAUCAAUCAGGUUCUACUUCUUCCUUGAACAUAAAUGCUGUACCAUUGAAUCGUUCAUUGCAGGACAUCUGCAUGCUUCCGGAAGAUGUGGAGAAGGAAAACGCACACUUUUUUGUCGCAGAUAUGAUUAUAGCAUCACUAGAAAAAAUGAAAUGUAAUAUCCUAAGCCAACAAGGAGAGUCCUGGGCUGUGGAGGAAACAAGUGGAUCAGAUGACAGCUAUCACACUGAUUUGGAGUUAUCUUCUUACCCUGGAGUGAAGAAGUCAGAUUCUUCUAUUGCCUCUACAGACAGUGGUUAUGAAGGCUGUACUCUGCUGCCUGUCAGCUCCCCAGGGCAUCUACCAUCACAUCAUGAGGUUACCAGAUUUCAUUGCCACAGUGACUCGGAGGACGAAUAUGUAAUUAUCGAACUUGAAGACCUUGAGAAUCUGUCUGUUGUUCCAGAUGAAAGGUCGUGUUUUGAACCAGGCAGCAAUUCUGCUGAAGCAACAGCCCAGGAGUUGUGCAGAGCUUUCAGAAAGCGCUGGUUGCAGACAGACUCUGCAGUUCAGCUGUCUGGCUGCCUGAGCUCAUCUAAGCAGAGGUCUGUACUGAAAGAAGAUAUUCCAAGAGAGCUUGAGUCCAGCAUCAAUCUGGCUGAAGAAAUAAAGCUCAUCUCCAAACUAAGAGCAUCUUCUGGCUGGGCCCCACCAAGAUCGCAGAUUAUAUUUGAUAUUCACCCUUCAGUCAAGAGAGAUGCAGUGGUGGCUGGCCAAAACUUUACGUGUGUUGGUUGUGGAACCCCAAUAGAAAGUAAGUAUAUCAGGAGACUCCGCUAUUGUGACUACCUGGGGAAGUACUUUUGUGACUGCUGCCACAGCUGUGCCCAGUCUUCCAUUCCUGCCCGGAUACUGAUGAAGUGGGACUUCAAAAAAUACUAUGUAUGCAACUUCUCCAAACACCUCCUGGACAGUAUAUGGCAGCACCCAGUUUUCAAUGUUUCAUGCAUUAACAAAGCCCUCUAUACAAAAAGUAAAGAAAUGGACAGGGUGAGGGAGGUGCAAGAACAGCUUUUUCACAUAAAAAAGCUUCUGAAAACCUGCAGGUUUGGUGAAAGGGUACUGAAAGAAUUUGAACAGGUCCCCAGCCAUCUGACAGAAGAGCUGCAUAUCUUUUCAUUGGAUGACCUGGUGAAGAUCAAACGAGGGCAGCUGCUGCCCCUUCUUAAAGAUAUUCUGAAGAGCUCUACCUCCCAUGUGGAUGGUUGCGAGCUCUGUCAAGCAAAGGGGUUUAUCUGUGAAUUCUGUCAGAGUGCAGAUCUGCUCUUUCCCCAUCAGAUUUCCAAAUGCAAAAGGUGCACAGAGUGCAAAACAUGCUUUCACAAAGCAUGCUUCAAGUCUGGAGGCUGCCCCAAAUGUCUGCGGAUUGCAGCUCGCAGGACACUUUCAGAAACUCCCAUCGCUGGUGCCUCUGUGAAACUGGGUUCCUCUGACUGCUGA